UUGUUUUUCUUAAACUCUUAUCUAAACGUCUCUCGUUAUUUUUGUUAUAUUAUAUAUUAUUAUACACACAGAGCGCACGACGCCCGGUUUUUUUUUUGGGGGGGUGUCAUGUCUCUCCCUCUCCCCCCGCUGAGUUUGUACUUGUCGUGCUUUUGUUGUUUAAAUGUUUUAUUUUCAGCCGAAACGUCGAAAUUAAACGCGCCCAAACUCCUGCUGCCCUACUCCGCGGCAGCGAAGGUGAAUUUCACUCUGGAGGCCGAAGAAGGGUGCUAUGCAUGGCGGUCAUCUCGUGUGGCGGCAGUGCUUGUGGAACCCGUGUUUGUGAACGGGACCCCCUGCUCUCGGAGUGCUGUGGUCUCUGCCCUCUCCACCCAGCCCAGCAGACUGGCCAGCGGGAUCGUGGCGGAGGAGAUGGUGACGGGUCGGGUUCUGCGCUGCAGUGUCGUGGUGGAUGUGAUCUGCAGCAUUGAGAUUGUCUCCACGACCCGGGAACUCUACGUGGACGACUCUCCCUUAGAACUGUCUGUCAGAGCCCUGGACCAGGAGGGGAACACCUUCAGCAGCCUGGCAGGGCUGGCUUUCCAUUGGAGCACAGUGAAGGACCCCGAGACUGAGACAGCCCCCGACUCCCCUGACAGAGUCAGGUUGGUGUGGUUUGCCGAUGCAGAGUACUCCCCUCCCGAGUACAUCCUCAGCAUGGAGGCCGAGGGGAAGCAGGGGGAUGUAGUGCUGGUGUCGGGCCUGCGGAGCGGUCCUGCCAAGCUGAGGGUUCAAAUCAACGAGCCCGGCUACAAGAAAGUUCCCGCUGCGAUGGUGCGAUUGCUCAUCCUGGAGAAUAUCCUGCUCAGCCCCCCCCAGGACCUCUACCUGCUAGUGGGGGCACACGCCUACUACAGAGUGUGGAGGAGACAGCAGGGGAGAGACACUGAUGUCCAGCUGCCCUCCCCGGAGUUUGGGCUGCAGCUGCAGGGUCAGCUGGUCAGCGAGGCCGGAGACCCCAAGCAGCCCGUGGCCACGAUCGAGCAGGAGAGUGUGAGAGUGACCGCUGUGCAGCCAGGCCAGGCCAGCCUCAUCCUGCACUACAGCAAUAUCCACAUGCAGGCCGCCUCUCAACUCCCGAACUGCACCAUCUUCGUAGUGGAGGCCAGCUUUCUCACUCUGCGCGUGCACCCUGGGGAGCACUGGGUGCUGGAGACGGGGCGUCGAUAUGAGGUCACAGUGCAGGUCUAUGACAUCGCUGGCAACAGAAUCCACCUGUCUGAUAAUAUAAAGAUCGUCCACGAAACCCCAGUGGAAUACUUGGACAGGCUGGCGUCCGCGGAGAAUGGGUCCUGGGUCCAUGCCAGGACCCUGCAGCCCGGAGCCACGGCGGUCAGAGCCACGCUGGUGUCUGUCACAGCGCAGAAUGGUACAGCCCUAUCCCUGAAUCCUCCAAUCAGCCACCUGCAGGAAGUUCACAUCUACAGCCCCAUCGUUAUGAUUCCCAAGGUUCUGGCAUUUCCUUGGCAACCAAACAAUGGGAUCUACCGGUAUCAAAUCCAGGUGGAGGGUGGCAGUGGUAAUUUCUCCUGGUCCUCCUCUAACCUGAGCGUUUCCACGGUGACGGUGAAGGGGGCGGUGCUGGCGGGCCUUGAGCUGGGGGCCAGUGUGAUCCGGGCCCGGGAUUCCCAGAACCCAACCCACUACGGAGAGACCACGGUGUAUGUGCUGAGGCCAGGGUUCAUACACUUGGCUCCCCACCAGGCUGACGUGGUGCUGGGGGGGACGCUGGACCUGCCCUUCGCUGUGCUGGGACUGAGGGAGCCCCCGGACCAGGAGCCCCUCCCCUUCACAGACUGCUCCCUGCUGCGCCUGCUCCUGCACCCGGACAGGAAGGGGGUCUUCACUUUGCUGCAUGGCCGUUUACACCCGGGUCCUGAGUUCUGCAGCGGGUUUCGGCUGGAGGCGGUCAGUCCGGGCCACGUCCUGCUGACUGCCAGCUCUCUACCGGAGCAGGAGCCCUUCAGCGCCAGCGCAACCAUCGCCACCUACAGGCCACUGCAGCCGCUGGUUCUGGAGGCUCUGGUCACCCCGGGCUCUGAUCGGGUUCUGCUGUUCGAAGGUGGGCCCCGGCCCUGGAUCCUGGUGCCGUCUCGAUUCUACACAGAACUGCGUCCGGACUCGGAGCAGGGGGGGGUCUGGAUCGUGCAGCUGGGCCAGCCCGAGGUCCAGAAGAACCAGCACGGCUACCGGGUCACCUGCACCAGCCUGGGGGAAGAGUGGCUGACAUUCCGGAUUGGGAACCUGCCGGGGAUGUUGAACCCGCGUCCCGCUGAGGAGGCCGUGCAGGUGAAGCUGGUGUGCGCCCUGCCCGCCAGCCUGGCCCUCUCUCCCCUGCUGCAGGAUCCCGUCCCCAGCCAGCCCUGCCCAAUCCUCCAGCACCACCGGCAGACCGUUCCUAUCUCCAGCUCCAGGGACACAGUGCUGGAGCUGGCUGCCUUUGACCAGCACAGGACCAAGUUUGACAACUUCAGCUCCCUGCUGAUCGAGUGGAGCUCGUCCAACCAGAGCCUGCUGAGCCUCCCCACGGAGAGGGGCCUGGAGACGGAGCUCCGAGCCGACGAGAAGGGGCAGCUCAAGAUGCACGGACUCCAGGUUAUCAAGCCGCAGCGUAGGACAGGGUCCUGCACUGUGACAGCGAGCUUCAUGAGCUACCGGCACGGCACCAGCGACACCAGCGCGGGCAGCGCCAAGGGGAGCUGCACCCUGUUCUUUGUAGAGCAGAUGUCUGGAUUAACCCUUUGCUCUCCCCGGCAGGACAUCUCCCUGCCCCCCACCUCCAUCUCCCUGGAGCUGCUCCUGGUCAACGACGUGUUCCUGCAGCAGAAGAGCAUGACUCUGUACAACCACAGAGACGUGCUGGAGAACUUGACCCUGACGCAGGGCUCAGGUCACUUCCUGGUCAGGGUUGUGGACAGAGAGGUGGUGGAGGUGACCAUGCUGGAAGCAAAGAACAUUGUGCAGGUGUCUCCUCUCAAACCCGGCUCCUCUCUCCUCUAUGUUUAUGACCUGUGCUUGAAGUCCUCCGAGCCUGCAGGGGUCGCCCUGCACGUGUCGGACAUCUCUGACUUCGAGCUGGAGUUCAUCCACAACAUGGAGGUGAAGAAGCCCUCUCCUCUCAAUGUCAGGGUCCUGGAUUCCUCACGGCUCCCCUUCCACAGCAGAUACUUCCGCCUCAUGGAGCUGCGAGUGCACACGGCCCCCUCGAUAGUCACUGUGGAGAAGAUCGCGGACCGUGACGAGGUCACCUCCAGCUACGUGCUCCAGGCCGUGUCUCUCGGGGAGACCGAGGUGUUCGUGACAGCGAGGGAGCGAUCGGGGCGCAGGCUGAGCUCCUCACAUCGGCACACAGAGGUCUUCCCUCGGUUCAGACUGUUGCCCCGGAGAAUGACUCUGAUCAUUGGCAACAGCAGGCAGGUGAUGUCAGAGGGAGGGCCGCACCCCUGGUCUCACAUCCACUUCUCCGUCAGCAGCGAGACGGUUGCCGCGGUGACGGAGGCAGGGCUGGUGACGGGCGUGUCCCUGGGGAGUGUGAGAGUGACGGGGGCGGUGAGGACCGUCCACCAGAGCACAGGAGCCACGAUCGAGAUCUCGAAGGAUGAGAUUGAGGUGGAGGUGAGGGAGCUGAGAGCCGUCAGGAUCCACGCACCAGUCACUCGACUCCGGACCGGAACAGAGAUGCCUGUGUAUGUGAUGGGCAGCAGCAGCCUGCAGACCCCAAUGUCCUUCGCUAAUUCCUGGCAAGGGCUGACUUUCCAUUGGUCCCAGAGCAAACGGGACGUCCUGGACCUGGUACCCCGGCACUGGCAGACGAAUGUCAAGCUGACCCCUGAGAUGAACUUUGCCAUGCUGGUGCGCACCAGGACAGCGGGCCGGACCACCCUGCGCGUGACGGUGCUGCCGCGCAACCACAGCCAGCCAGCGGGGGUGCCAGAGGAGCUGAGCGACGAGAUACAGAUCCUGGUGUUCCAGAAAGCCUCCCUCCCCAUCGGCAACUUGGAUCCCAUACUCAUGUCUCCCAACUCCAACUUUCAACUGGAAACCAGCAAGGACGGAGUGGGUGUGAUCCAGUACCAGGUGGAGCCCUGUCUGCAGGGCCCGGCUGUGGUCAGCGUGGACAGGGCAGGGGUGCUGAGGGCUCAUGCAGCCACGGGGUCAGCGAUCCUAGAGGUCACCUGCAUGGAGCAGUUUGGGGUCAACCAGACCAUCCUCGUCGGAGUCAAGGUGGCCCCGAUUUCUUACCUGCUGAUCAGCUCUGCUCCAGAGCUCCACACCGCUGACGGGGAGAGUCUGUCGGGAUUCCCGCUGGGAAUGAGCCUCGCAUUCCAGGUCCAGUUCUACGACUGCGUGGGAGACAAGUUCCGAGCGGAAAACACCGGACUCGGGUUCACCUCCAACAGGGAUGAUCUCCUUCAGUUGGGCUCAGAGACUCUCACACACACCUUCACAGCUCAGACCACGAGCGCGGGGGUCACCGUGCUGGAGGCCUGGGACCCCAAACACCCCAACAUGGCGGAUUACAUCGCCGUGCCGACCCAGAACGCCAUCGCGCCCGAGCUGAGCGGCCCGCUGACCGCCGGGGACCUCGUCUGCUUCAGAACCGCGCUGGUGAACCAGGACGGUGAGACGGGCUCGUGGCACGUCUCCCCCAGCCACGUCCUCCAGAUCGACUCUGCCACGGGGGCGGCUGCAGUGAAGGAUUCUGGGACAUUGGUGGUGUACUACAAGCUGAGCGAGAGGCUGCAGACCUCCAGAGAGGUGACGGUCAGGGCUGCUGACAGUGUUGCACUCACCCCCCCCGCAGACCGCUGUCUCACCAACUCCCCCGGGAGCUCCGAGUACAGAGUGACUGUGAGCAUCGGGGCCACUGCCAGCCCUCUCAAAGGCCCCUGCAGUCCUGUCCAGCUGUCUGCUGUCCACUCUGCGCUCAGACCAGAGCUGGACCUGUCCUGCUCCCUCCAGUUCGGUGGCCCGUGUGUGGAGUCCGUCCUGCAGCAGGCAUUCAGAGUGUCCCCUCACUACAGCACGAGCACCGGUCAGUACAGCUGCGUCGUGGCCACGCUCCCCCAGUCCGACAGCCUCCUCAGGACUCUCUCCACAGCCUCUGCCUCUGUCCUCCUGUCUGCCUCCCUGCGAUGGCUCCCCCAGGACAGGCCUGCCUCUGCAUCCAUCCCCUUCCAGCCUGCCUUCCACGUCAGCCGGAGCGCCCUGGUGCUGAACAGCACGCACCCCAGCGCCGAGCUCCCUGUGCUGGGCUCCCCGGCCCUGCUGCACUCCCUGCAGGUGUGGUCAGACGGUCUUGAUGUCACGGUGGGUGAUCCUGUUCAGUCUCUGCAGGUUCCAGGUCUCCUGCUCUUCUCCGUGUUCCCCAGCAGUGCUUCAGUGUUCCAGCAGGGGGCAGACUCCACGGCCAGGCUGCACCUGACCAGCGCGGUGACGGGGCAGCACGUCACUGUCGGGGUCACAGUGCGGAGUGACGAUCGUGCAGUGUCCGGGCCCGGCUGGGAUAAGUGCCAGGAUUCUGGGUUGUUCUGGCAGCUCACAGGCUCCUCCCACCUCCUCCUCUUCACUGGGUUUGCCAUGCUCGCCGGGACGGCCGCCGUCUUCAUAGUCUACAACGCCGCAGUGAAUCGCGUGAGGACCACGCUGUUGGGCUACAUCCCGACGGCGAGCCCACACCUCUCGGGUGAUGGAUUGUAUCAGAGGGUCCCCUAUCCUGAACCCCCAAACCAGAGGCGCCGACAUCGCUGGCUGUGGAGCACCUAGAGAGCGUGGGGGGGGGCGGGCAACACCCCCGCUCAGUGUCUGCCUUCAUGUGAGUUCUCCAAAUCGACAAGGACUCUAACAAUUAAAAAAAAAAAAAAAAAAGUGUUUCUGCAAGAUUCUUGUUUUUUGACUUGUUUCUUUCGAUCGCAGAAACAGAGACGUCGAGUCACAGGGUUUGAGGAGGGUUUGGGGUUACUGCAUUGUUUUGGGGGUGCUGUGUUAAAAACCAAGCUGCAUUGUUUGGUUUUCAAAGCAGAGAUAAUGGUUAUAAAGAAUAAACACACAGACUUCCAGUGGAAACAUCUGCCAUUGAAUUGUCACUGGACAGGGAACAAGCUCUGCUUGUGAAAAUCAUAAAUCACGAUUCAAAAUAACAAAGUUUACGAUUCUUAGGCCUCAGAACACACCAAGGAACCGUACCCC